UUCGUCCAACCUUGGAAUCCUCGAAAUGACAGAAACAAAGCUAGAAAAUUAAGAUAUAAAAACCAACAAAAUCCAAGACUUUAUUUUGAAGUCGGCUGCCUUGGUAUCACAAAUGGACCAACGUUUAACACACCACGCAUACAAAUUAUCCUUCAUUCUACUCAUUUUUUUCCUUGCUUUUCCUCCUUCUUCGUCCCAACUGCACCCUUUGGUCGCCAACUCGACGUUUCUUCACCUCAACUACACUGCAAUAUCUGAUUUCCGUGUGCUCAAUCGAAGAACUUUACUUCAAUGUCCUGAUCCUAACCCUUAUCUCCAAAUUAAUGUUACCAACAACGCUGACCUCUCUGAUGAAGAGUUUGUCACUGUCAAUGUUAGCGGGGUUUUGCUUCCUUCGGAAAGUGAUUGGGUUGCCAUGAUCUCACCUUCCAAUUCUGAUGUGACUACCUGUCCUGGAAGUGAGGCUUACUAUUUACAGACUGGUGAUACAAGCGCUCUUCCUCUCCUCUGCCAUUAUCCUGUUAAGGCAAAGUAUAUGAGCAGUGAUCCAGACUAUCUAAGUUGCAAGAAGCAAGAAUGCCAGAAAUAUGGCAACGACGGUAGUUGUGAGGUCACAACUUGCAGUGGCUCCGUAACUUUUCAUGUCGUUAACAUCAGAACUGACAUCGAAUUCGUGUUCUUUACUGGUGGAUUCACAACGCCUUGCAUUUUGACUAGGACCGACGCUCCUUUAAAAUUUUCUAAUCCUAAUUCGCCAUUGUAUGGACAUAUCUCAAGCAUGGAUUCCACUGGGACAUCGAUGAGAUUAACAUGGGUUAGCGGGGAUAAGGAACCUCAACAAGUUAAGUAUGGAGAUGGAAAAUCACAGGCAUCAGAAGUUACAACAUUUUCAUCUGAUGAUAUGUGCAGUUCUAUUGUACCAAGUCCAGCAAAGGAUUUUGGAUGGCAUGACCCUGGUUACAUCCACACAGCAGUGAUGACAGGAUUGCAGCCUUCAAGCACCUUCUACUACAAAUAUGGAAGUGAUUCAGUUGGAUGGAGUGAUCAAAUUGAAUUCCGGACACCACCGGCUGGAGGAUCAGAUGAACUCAAAUUUCUUGUAUUUGGUGAUAUGGGAAAGGCUCCACUUGAUUCUUCUGCAGAGCACUACAUUCAGCCAGGAUCAAUUUCAGUAGUAAAAGGAAUGGUUGAAGAAGUGGCAAAUGGCAAUGUAGAUUCCAUUUUUCACAUUGGAGACAUAAGCUACGCAACUGGCUUCUUAGUUGAAUGGGAGUUCUUCCUCCACCUUAUAAGCCCUGUGGCUUCUCAAGUUACUUACAUGACGGCAAUUGGAAAUCAUGAGAGGGAUUAUGUAGACUCAGGGUCAUGGUACUCAGGUCCAGACUCAGGAGGGGAAUGUGGAGUUCCUUAUGAGACUUAUUUUCCAAUGCCAACCCCGGCAAAGGAUAAGCCAUGGUACUCCAUAGAGCAAGGCAGUGUUCACUUCACAGUCAUUUCAACAGAACAUGACUGGACAGAACAGUCUGAACAGUAUCAAUGGAUGAAGACGGACAUGGCUUCAGUUGAUCGAUCAAAAACACCUUGGUUAAUUUUUACUGGGCACAGGCCCAUGUACAGUACUCUAGGCGCUGAUGAUAAAUUUCUGAAAAUCGUGGAACCCCUUCUCCUGAAUAACAAGGUUGAUCUGGUCCUUUUUGGCCAUGUACAUAAUUAUGAGAGAACAUGUUCGGUCUAUAAUUCUGAAUGUCUGGCAAUGCCAACGAAAGAUGAAAAUGGAAUAGACACGUAUGACAAUAGCAACUACACUGCACCUGUGCAAGCUAUUGUUGGAAUGGCCGGCUUCAGUCUCGACAAAUUUCCUGAUGAUGCGGCUAGUUGGAGUUUGUCGAGGAUUUCUAAAUUUGGCUAUGUUAGAGCACAUGCAACAAGGGAUGAGCUGAAAUUAGAGUUUGUGAAUUCAGAUACCAAAGAAAUUGAGGACAGCUUCCGCAUCACCAAAAAGCAAAGUAGCCUGAGAGCAAGAUAA